CCACUUGAAUAAAAAUUCUGGCAUAUAUAUUCAUGGGGAAUCCUUUAUAAGCUGCCUUAAUUAGCUCCCCAAUCAGAAAACAUCACCUUUUUGAGUCGGAGAGAUACACGAGGGAGUAGAUCAAGAGAGGAAAAAAGAAGCAAAGAAAUGGAAAGCUUGUCCAUAGAUGAUACAGAAUCAAGAUCCGCAGAAUGCCAUGGAAGCUUUUUCAGAGACCCAUCAAAGCUUAAAGAGGAAACAGUGGAGGAUGUUUAUGAUUCCUCAUCAUCAGAGGAGAUUAUUAUUAUUCCUGACAGUAGCCCUGCAAAGAAUAUGCUCCAGAACGAGGAUAACAACAAGAAUUUGAGAAAGAAGAGGCAGGUGUUUCUUGAAGGGUAUGUGGAGACCUCAGAUGAUGAUGAAGUUGGGUUUGGGAGGACAAAGAGCCUGACAGACGAUGAUCUGGAGGAGCUAAAGGGGUGUUUGGAUCUGGGAUUUGGGUUUAACUAUGAGGAAAUCCCUGAGCUCUGCAACACCUUGCCUGCUCUUGAGCUCUGCUAUUCCAUGAGCCAAAAGUACCUUCUGGAUGAUCAACACAAAACCCCACCUGCAGAUUCUUCUAUUUCUGCAGACUCACCCUCCUCUGCCUCUAGCCCCAUAGCCAAUUGGAAGAUCUCCAGUCCUGGUGAUGAUCCAGAGGACGUGAAAGCAAGGCUGAAAUACUGGGCACAGGCAGUUGUGUGCACCGUCAGAUUAUGCAGUCUGCAGAAGAAAGAUGAAUGAAGAUAGAUAAAGGGUGGAGAUUGAAAGCAGCCAUUUCUCUUCUCUUGUUGAUGGGAUGGCGAAUGGAAGUUGGUAUAUCUGGAGAUGGAUACUGAGAAAUCUGUCAGUGAUAGUUAGCUAACUCCUCCAGGAGUCCAGGAAGUUAGGAGACAGAAGUGAGAAGACGCCUAGAUAAAGGAGACUUUCCAGCCUGAUUAAACUCAUACCAAAUUUGAGUCUUUUCACAUAUAGAUAUAUAUAAAUUAGGCCAUGCCAAACCCUCCCAAUAAUGUAGUGUAUAUCUUUUUUUUGCAAAUAAAUGAUGACACAAAUUUACUUAAUU